GCCCCGACUACGUCGGCGCAAGUUCGUGAGUUUUUUCCCGAAACAACCUCAUUGCGUUUCCUUGGGCCAGUUGCCGAUGUGACGUUGUCUUAGUCGAUUCAAUUACAUUCAAGUUCCUGUGAAAUUUAAGUUCGAACUCUUCUUUCAAACGUCCCGAAAUUCGAGCCGACCCCAUGUCCGUCUCAUUCUACCUUCCCGAGUUGGAUUUAGAGAACCCAAAAUCAAACAGAACCGAGAUCGAAGAGCGAUGCGCGGAACUGAUUCUGUCGGACGAGCAGCUUCGCGAGGUUUGCCAACGAUUGCUGGUCGAGAUCAAUCGAGGACUUAAUAAGGAUACCAAUAAAGAGGCCACUGUGAAAUGCUUCCCCACGUACGUGAGGGAACUCCCCAACGGCGAAGAAUGCGGUAAGUUCUUGGCGCUCGAUUUAGGCGGAACCAACUUUCGUGUUCUGCUCAUCGAUCUUGGACCUCAUAUCUUUCACAUGGAGUCGAAAAUCUUUGCUGUGCCCCAGAGCGUCAUGCUUGGUCCUGGAACAGGGUUGUUCGACCAUAUCGCCGAAUGCUUAGCCACAUUCAUGCACGAGAAUCAAGUCGACGUAUCUCCAUUGCCGCUAGGUUUCACCUUCAGUUUCCCUUGCAGCCAAGAAGGCUUAACCAAGGCCCGGCUGGCUACCUGGACCAAAGGGUUCAAGUGUUCUGGCGUUGAAGGGGAAGACGUUGUGAAACUUCUCCAGGAGGCCAUCGCCCGACGGGGUGAUAUCAAAAUCGACGUGAUGGCUGUUCUUAACGAUACGACAGGCACAUUAAUGGCGUGUGCGUGGAAGAAUCCCGCGUGCCGGAUCGGUCUUAUUCUCGGUACAGGAAUCAAUGCGUGUUACGUCGAACGAUUAGAGAACGUACAACUGUGGGACGGAGAUUACGAUGAUCCUAAACAAGUCGUCAUCAACACGGAGUGGGGUGCAUUCGGUGACAACGGAACGCUCGAAUUCAUCCGGACCGAGUACGACCGGACGAUUGACAAGCAUUCGCUCAACCCCGGACGGCAAUUAUUCGAGAAAAUGAUCUCGGGAAUGUAUAUGGGUGAAGUGGCCCGUCUCGUUUUAGCCCAACUGACGCGAGAAGGACUCCUCUUCGACGGCAUGGGCCCUGAAAUGUUAUUCGAGCCGGGCCAGUUUUUCACGAAAUACGUCUCUGAAAUCGAGAGCGACAAGAAGGGCGAAUAUACGUGCUGUCGUCAGGUGCUGGAAGAGUUGGGAUACGAAGAUGCCUCUGACGAGGAUUGCGCCAACGUGCGCUACAUCUGCGAAGCCGUUUCUCGGCGGGCGGCGCACAUCGCCGCCGCUGGCACGGCCUGCCUCCUCAACAAGAUGGGCAAGCAGCACGUGACGGUGGCCGUCGACGGCUCCGUUUACCGCUUCCACCCCCACUUCCACGAUCUGAUGGUCGAGAAGAUCAGACAGCUCAUCAAUCCCGGACUAACGUUCGAUUUGAUGUUGUCGGAAGACGGAAGUGGUCGAGGUGCUGCACUGGUGGCUGCUGUGGCCGUUCGAAUAGGUGGCUUGGCUGCUAGGUGAAUUCUUGCCAACAUCAUUUAGUUUCUCCUUCCUUUUUCCAAAAUAUCCCUUCCUCCCUUACCUGUAGUGGCCAUUGGAAUACCCUGUGACGGCGGUUUUAAAAAAUAUUUUCAAAAUCAACACAAACGGAAACGGGAAAAUGCGUCAUCUGCGCGCUAAAGUCGAUUAUUCUUGACUAAUAAUAAUAAUAAUAAGAGAGAAUAUUUCUCAAACAAACUCACACAUCUAGCGCUCCCCCCUUUCACGCAAUCAGUACAUAAAAUAGCACCUUGAAUAUAGAUAUGUAAUUUUAACAAUCCCCACUCCUAUCCAUACGUAAUACGUAUGAACGGAUGGUUGAUAGUAAUAUUAGAUAGUAACGGUAGAUAUUAUUUUAAUUGAGAAGGGGGGAAUUUUUUUAAAAUCAAUAUAGGGAAUAUUGGCGACAAUACAAAUCUGCGAUCUUUUUUCAAAAAAAAAAACUAAAUUUCAAUUUGCCCCCUCCCUCCCCGAGAUCAUUAGGUCCUUCAUCGAUCCUCCUCUUCAUAUUCCUGUUUCCUCCAUCAGGAUCUAUAUAUUUCUUUCCUUAUGUUUUCAGUAACUCGGCCUAUGGUUUCUUGUAGUUCCAUAUCUCUUUCAUCUUCAUUUGAGGUUUUCUUUACUUUUUCUCCCCUAAACCUUCUUUUUAUCCGUUUCUGUUCUCCUUUUUUUUUGUGUUAUGUCCAUUCUCCUUCUCAACUGUCCCUCUCCUUUUGUACACAUUCUUCAGGGGAGGACUUCUCCUCUUUUGGGCGAAUGGUCUAUGUGUGUGACACGACGAAGCGGCUCGAAAUCAUUUGUCGAUUUUGGUAAAAUCACGGAAAUGAAGGGUCUUGAAAAGCACAAUAGUUUGUCAGAAUGAAUAGUUGAAAAAGAAAAAGAAAAAGAAAAAAAAAAGCUGUAGUCGUAGAUCACGAAGCCGGAAGACUAUUGUAUUAUACGUAACAACCAUAACAAUAAAGAAAAACAAGUCUCAGAAGAGAAGAACUUUGUUCGCUAAAAGAAAUCGAAAGCAAAAGAGAGAACUCUUGUCCCUCUGUAUCUGAAAAGAAGAAGAAAAGAUUACCAUGUAAUUGACACCCCUGUCCGCUCUUGGCUGUCCUAUCCGAGAGAUUCCCAUACGGUUGUUCGCAGUAUAUAAUCUAAUGAGAAUAUGCUGUACUGUACAAGACAAAUGAAGAUGGAACGUAGGUCUAUAAUGACCCCCGAGCCUUAUGGGAAAAGCAACGAUCGAUGUCGAUCGAGAUGUGUAAAAAAACAAAACAAAAAAGGAAUUAACAUAAUAAUGUUGUCUGGAAAAGAAAAGUAGUAUUUCUGCUACUCUUAUCUCGCUUUCUCUACCCAUUUUAAAUCUUUUUUAGCCGUACGUGUAGAGAGCAACAGAAUAAUCGGAAAUUUAGCCGCAUAGUUACAGAAUGUUAUCCGUGGAAAUAAUCCCAUCAACUCCUUCCGCACCUUGGCGUCAUUUGGAUCAGAUGCAUCUUCCCCCGCUCCCUCCCGCUGUUUAUUGUUAAUUUUUUUUUAUUAUUACUCGUUCUCCAUUUUGAAAUUGUUGGUAGUGAUCGCCCACGCGCGCCGAUGUAUAGCUCUCGUUGAUGAUGAAAACAAGAAAAUAUGACAAAAAAAUAUAUAGAGAAUGAGACUUGAUAGAAUUCUCAUGGCCAAUGAAAAAUUGGCACCAUUGA